AUGCAGCUCCAGCGACGUCCACGUGAGUCCCUCACGCCCCAGCAGCUUCGUGAGUGGUACGCUAGUUGGGGUUAUAGGGGUGGCCGUGGUGGGAGUCGCCCUGGAGCGGGUCGUUCGCGAGCUUCUUGUAGUGACCAGGUGCAACGGCAGCGGCGUCCGCGCGCGGUCCUUUCGCCCCAGCAGCUUCGUGAGUGGUACGCUCAGAGUGGAGGGUCACGGAGUACUGCUCGCUGCCCGUACGUCCUUCGCACUGGUGCUCGGGCUGGUAUAGAGUCUGCUGCUCUAGGUGCUGGUGAGGCUGCUGCUCUAGAUGCUAGUGCGUCUCCUGCUCCAGGUGCCGGUGAGGCCGCUGCUCUAGGCACUAGGGAGUCCACUCCUCCAGGUGCUGGUGAGUCUGCUCUCUCUGGUACUACGCCUGCUGCGGCCUUGCACACUUUCACCCUUGACUCGGGUGCUUCCCGCUCCUUCUUUCGCGACUGCACCACACUCUCGCCGCUCAGUCGGCCAGUGGCAGUAUCUCUGGCUGACCCCUCUGGGGGUCCGGUCCUUGCACACUCCUCUACGGUCCUGCCGUGUCCGGCGGUCCCGUCUGGCUCUCUGUCUGGCCUCCACCUCCCCUCGUUCUCCACGAACUUGGUGAGUGGAGCUGACCUUCAGGACGUGUGGGUUGACCAGUUCACUCCUGGAGGUCAGCGGGUGACCCACUGUUCGUGUACUCGGACGGGCCGGCACCUGGCCACGUUCACCCGUCAGCCUGGGUCGAGCCUGUACACCCUGACUACCGUGUCUCCUCCGGUUGCUGAGUCUGGUCGGGUAGCCGCGUCGGGUCAGGUGUUUGCUGCAGCGUCCCGGUCUGGCCCUGAGUCUGCCCCCUGCUCGUGUCGCCUCCUGUCUCACGAGACUCUCCUUUGGAACCACCGCCUUGGUCACCCCUCCCUGCCUCGUCUCCAAGGCAUGGCCUCCCGUGUCCUUGUCUCAGGUCUCCCCCCUUCCCUCCCUCCCCUUCCUCCGGGGCCUGCCCCUACCUGCGUUCCCUGCGUCGAGGGCCGGCAGCGCGCCGCUCCUCACUCCUCCUAG